CAAAGCAAAUGGAGACCCAAAGGACAGGGUGGUUACGGAGAUCCAUACCAGCUACCAUCCUAUGGCUACGGUUAUCAGUCACCUUAUAGCUAUGGUUAUCAGUCUUACGGCUACGUUUAUCAGACGCCUUAUGGUUACGCUUAUCAGUAUCCCUAUAGUUAUGGUUAUCAAUCACCCUACGGGUAUGGUUACCAGCCAGGUGGAUAUGGUUACGUGACAUACAACCAGCAGUCGUCACAGCAGUGCAUAGGUAUUUGA